AUGCUCGCCAACUUCCCUUCCGUCGAUAUGUUGACCAAUUUUCCCUCCGUGGACUUCUCCACGGGUCUGCGGAUCAAGCCAAAGGCAGAGCCCAAGAAACAGACUGCUCCAGUAUUGGAUUCGGUCAACGCGGUGACAAGGACAACUAUAUCACUCGAAUAUGCUCCCUGCAACACAGAGACCACUGCCCGCUGGGCAAGUGAACCCCGUCGGUCUGCGCCCGAUCUGUACUCACCCGAUGCCGCCAGGCAUGUACGUCGUUCCCUCUCCGGACUCGCUGUUAAUCUGGGACGCAGUCUUCUUCGUGCACCAAGGCUACUACUCGGACGGGAUCUUCAAGUUCCGACUCACGUUCCCGGCGAACUACCCCGACAGCCCGCCUGUGGUGCAGUUCGUGACGGACGUCGUGUUCCACCCGCUCAUCUCGCAGAAGUCGGGGAUCUUCAAUCUGGCGCCGCGCUUCCGGCCGUGGCGGUGAGUGUGACUUACGUGUGGUAUCUGGACUGGAUCGAGCUAAACUGUAUCGACGUGCUGCACAGACCGAAAGAGCAUCAUAUCUUCGACGUGCUGCACUGGAUCAAGGCGGCGUUCAAGAAACACGCGUUGGACGAGAUCAAAGAGGCGGAUUGUCUGAACAAAGAGGCCUAUCGAUAUCACGAAUCCACAUCAUCCUUUGCUGGAUUAGCGGCUCAAUCCUCGUCGCUCUCCCAGUCCGCCCCAGCCCUCUUUGACCGCGACCAUCAAUCGUUGAAAGGGCAGCCCCGCGACGCGAUGCCAUUUGUGGAGCUGCCCAACCAGAUUCUCCAGGAACAUCGAAGCAAACUGGGUCUCUCUGAAUGGCUAGAGAUCAAGUCGUAGUUUUGGUUCUAUUCCGUCCGAUGGUUGUGUAUACAGUAGAUUACUUGUACGAUAUCAGGGAUUAUAUGGCUGUAGGAUCUUGUGAUUUUUCGUCCGCAUUCACGGGUCAUCGCUGCUGCUGUCGCCG